AUGAAGUUUUGUAUCGUUCUGUGCACUUUUGUAUUGGGCGUUGUCUGCUCUCAACAAAGAACAAGUCUUCUUGAGGAGCUUGCCAAUCGCGAAAUCAGCAAAGAGGCUGAGGAAUUGACUGGAGAUGAUCUUAUCGACUAUGUUAAUGAGCAACAGGAUUACUGGACAGCUCGCAAGCAAAGAAGAUUCAAGAAUAUGCCAGACAGAACUGUUUGGGGGCUCAUGGGUGUCAAUCAUGUUCGCCUCUCAGUGAAGGCCAAGAAGCAUCUCUCUCCGACCAAGGAUCUCGACAUCGCGAUUCCAGAAUCUUUCGAUGCCCGUGAAAAUUGGCCAGAGUGUCAAUCGAUUCAAAAUAUUCGUGAUCAAUCAAGCUGCGGAUCAUGCUGGGCCUUUGGUGCCGUCGAAGCAAUGUCCGACAGAAUUUGUAUUGCCACCAAGGGAGAAGUUCAAGUGUCCCUAUCUGCUGACGAUCUCCUCAGUUGCUGCAAGUCAUGCGGUUUCGGAUGCAACGGAGGUGAUCCACUUCACGCGUGGAAGUAUUGGGUGAAAGAAGGAAUUGUGACUGGCUCAAACUUCACCGCCAACACGGGAUGUAAGCCAUAUCCAUUCCCACCAUGCGAGCAUCAUUCUCACAAGACCCAUUUCAAACCGUGCACUCAUGAUUUGUAUCCAACUCCAAAAUGCGAGAAAAAAUGCGUUGCCGAUUACACCGACAAAACUUACCAAAAAGACAAGUUCUAUGGAGCUUCGGCUUAUGGUGUCAAGGAUGACGUCGAAGCUAUUCAAAAGGAGUUAAUGACCCGUGGACCACUCGAAGUUGCAUUCGAGGUUUAUGAGGAUUUCCUCAAUUAUGACGGGGGCGUCUACGUGCAUACAGCUGGAAAGCUUGGCGGCGGACACGCGGUAAAGCUUAUCGGCUGGGGAAUCGACAAUGGCAUCCCAUAUUGGAUUUGUGCCAACUCAUGGAACACUGAUUGGGGAGAGGACGGCUUCUUUCGCAUCCUUCGAGGUGUCGAUGAAUGCGGAAUCGAAUCGGGCGUUGUCGGAGGUGUGCCGAAAUUGACCGCCGAGAAUUUACAUCAUUCAAGAGGAAGACAUUACCACAAACAACGCAAAUCCUAUUCGGAGUAUUGA